CCAGUGAACGUCCUGUCGAAGGCAAAGCUUUCCCCAUCGCAAGCGGCAUCCUAAGACCCGCUAGAGCCUUUGUUCUCUCUUGCUCAUUAUGCUAGCGCCCACUUCCGACUACGGCUACGCCCCCUCCCCCGCCAACGCCAUGGGCUACGAACAACAGCAACACAUGCAAAGUGGCGAGCGCCCCAAGCUCUUCAUGCAACCUCCAGUUGACUACAGUCACAUGGUGCACCACGGAACACCUCAACACAUGACGCCACAACACGCCAUGACGCCGCAACACGCCAUGACACCGCAGCACGCGAUGGCGCAGAAGUACGAGAACGAACCGCUCAUGAUGAACGUGCAGGGCGUGCCACACUACUACCCGCCUCCCCAGAUGGGUGGGCAGAUGCUGCAUGUGUCCUCGGACUACGAAUACGCUAACGGCGCUGUAGUCACGCCCUCCAGCGCUCGUAGCGGCUCGAAACGCUCACGCGAAGACUUGAACCUCAAGGAGAAGAAGCGCAUGUUUAAACUCAAUGACCGUAUCAACCAGCUCAAAGACAUUCUGGACGAGGCGGGAGUGCAAACGAAGAAGAACAAACAGUCGAUUCUAGACAACGCGUCGCACUACAUCGAGAUGUUGCGUAGCAAUCUGCUGAUCGCCAAGCAGAAGGCCGAGCGCGCCGAAAAGCAGGCUGAAGCUUUCCGCGCACAGGCGCAACAGUCUUCCUCGGGCGCUGAUAAGGUCGUUCGCGGUGUGUUCCAGAAGACGACGACACCACGAGUGGUCCUGGACAUGAACUUACAGACUGUGACGUUUAAUAACGCCUUUGUCAAACACACUGGACAGUCGGAACCUUUGCUGAAGAAGCAAAAGACACUGCGACCGUACUUAUGCGCCGACCAACAGAAGCUAGAGAGCAUCAUGCAAAAAGUGCGGGACACUAAACAGUCGAUCAGUGCUCUGGUUAAGACGUCGACUGCGGGAGGCAACACCGUGUCCGUCAAUUUGGUGGCCGCUGUGAUCACAGACGACACUGGAAAGGCCACGAACAUCGAGUUUAGUCUCAUCCCCGUCGAGAUGCCGCAGCGACAACAUUACAACGACGAGGCCGAGACGUCAGCGGAGGAGUCGAGGACUGACGGAGAACCUAAGGAAGAGAAUCUCCAGCUCUGA